AUGUUCAGAAUUACUUCUCAAUUAUCAUUAAGUGGUGAAAAAGUCACUGAUGAAGAUAUGUUAGAGAAGACAUUUUCUAUUUUUCAUGUCUCUAACAUGCUCCUGCAGCAGCAAUAUCGAGAAAAAGGAUUUAAAAAAUAUUCUGAACUUAUCGCAUGUCUUCUCUUGGCUGAACAAAAUAAUGAAUUAUUGUUGAAAAAUCAUGAGUCCCGACCAACUGGUGCAAGUCCAUUCCCUGAAGCGAAUGCGACUCAAUUUCAAAAUUUUGGUCGAGGUCGUGGACGUGGCCGUAGAGGUAGCCGUGGAGGAGACUGUGGACGUGGUCGUGGCCGUGGACGUGAUCGUAGUAGAUUUGUGCCCCGUGAAAAUUACAAUCGUGGCAAACAACAAAAUAUUUCUCAAAAGAGAAAUAAUAACUACGAUCAGAAAAAUGGAGAAAAGAAAAAUUAUGAAGAAAAAUGCUAUCGGUGUAGCAUGGAAGGUCAUUGGUCCCGUACCUGUUGUACGGCUGACUACCUUGUUGACCUUUAUCAAGCAUCUUUGAAAAAGAAAGACAAAAUUGUCGAGACAAAUUUUAUCGACCAAAAGAAUGAUUAUGAUGAUGGUGAUGAUGCUGAUGCUGAUAUGACACACCUCAAUGUAGCUGAUUUCUUUGAACAUCCUGAAAAUGUCAACAAAUAUCUUAUGAUUGUUUAG